AUCUAAGGUCACAAUUACCGUUCAAAUUUAAGAGUAGAGUACGGCAUGAGUGGCGGUCGCCCUAUAAACCAACAACAAGAUAUUUGUCUCCAUUCUCUAAUGCCUUCUAAUUUAUUUUUUAUACUUUAAGAGAACCUGCAGCUACAAUGUCAGGGUCAGGGGGCAGCGAGGAUGUUGACUCAAGCAUUAAGGCUCAGUUGGAGGAUGAGGUGAUUCGUGAAGCUCUCACUUCAGGCACAGAUCUUAGACAGUAUUCUCAGUCUGUUGAGAAAGAGCUCCGACAGCUGGAAAAUUUGAGCAUUCAGGAUUACAUCAAUAAGGCCCAAAAUAUAGCAACACUUCACCACCAAAUAACAGAAUGUGAUUCUAUACUUGAGAAUAUGCAAGGCAUGUUGGAAGGCUUCCUGACUCACCUGUCUACAAUUAGUCAGGAAAUACAGUCUCUUCAAGAACAGUCAGCCACAAUCAAUGUCCAGCUGACCAAUAGGAAACAAGUUCAUUCAGAGAUGUCAUCAUUCAUUGAUCAGCUCAUGGUCCCUGAAGUUAUGAUACACCACAUUCUCAACACCUCGGUGACAGAUGAACUCUUUAUGCAGCAACUUAAGGCCCUCAAUCAAAAGAGCAAAUUUAUCAAGGAACAAAAUUUUAGAGAUGCUCAUUCCUGUCAAGAUGUUCAAGACAUCGUAGACAAGCUCACAGUGAAGGCUGUAAGUAAGAUCCGAGAAUAUUUACUCCAGAAGGUGUACCAAUUCCGAAAGCCUCUCUCUAACUACCAGAUACCGCAAAAUGCAAUGAUUAAGCACAAGUUUUUCUUUGAGUUCCUAUUGCUGCAUGCAAGAACAAUAGCUGCAGAAAUUCAUGAUGAGUAUGUUGAAACGAUGAGUAAAGUCUACAGUUCAUACUUCCAGUCAUACACAAAGCAGCUGUGGAAGUUGCAGUAUGAGGAAGGUGUGACUCGUGAUCUUAUGGGUGUAGAAGACUCAAGGGCCAACAGUUUCUUCACAAAAAGUCUCAAGAAAGGGACUGUGUUUACACUAGCCCGAGACUCGGUACUCUCCCCCACUGGAUUGGUUCGUAUUAUUGUACCUCACACUGCCAUCAAGAGUGAAGUUAAGUAUGCAUUUGAAGUGUUAUUCCGAAGCCAGCAGUAUGCCUUGAUGGACAAUGGUUGCCGGGAAUACAUAUUCCUCACUGAGUUCUUUAUGGUGCAAGACAGUGAUGCAUUAAAACUCUUCAUGACUGUGAUGGGCAAGACACUUCAACAUGUUCAGAAAGAGGUGUGUGGUGUUGUUAUGGGGUGCUAUGACUCCAUCGCACUUUACUUAUGUGCCCACCUUAUUCAUCAGUACCGGCUCUUGUGCCACAAAAGGGCAGUCCCUGCUCUAGACAAUCACUGGGAACAGUUACUGCACAUGAUAUGGCCCAGGUUUGAGUAUGUUGUGAAAAUGAACAUACAGAGCAUUCAGGAGUGUGACCCAUCCAAAAUGGCAGCACUGGACAUGCGUCCACAUUAUAUCACACGCAGAUAUGCAGAAUUCAGUGGCGCAGUGAUGGUGCUGCAUGAGAAGUUCCCGCUGGAAGGUGUCGACAGUCUUAUGUUGCAGCUUCAGGAUGAAGUGGAGAAGGUUAUACUUAAGAUGGCUGCUGUCUUCCAUAACCGCAAAGAUCAGCUUAUUUUUCUGAUCAAUAAUUAUGACAUGAUGCUCUCUGUGCUUUCUGAGAAAACACGUGAGGACAGCCGAGAAUGUGAGCGUCUGAAGGAAUUACUUGGUCAGCGUACCGGAGAAUAUAUAGAAGAAGUGCUGGCACCACACUUUGGUGGUAUGCUGACAUUUGUGAGGGAAACGGAUCAUCUUAUUGCAAACAACAAUGCUGAAGCCUUAAAGGAUUAUGAAAAAAAAGUUAUUCUUCUAGUCAGAUCAUUUUCAUCAACCUGGAAAAGAUCAGUUGAACGUCUUAACAAUGAGGUGAUGCAGUGCUUCACUAAUUUCCGCACCGGGACAGUAGUCCUGCAGCGAGCUCUUGAGACCUUAAUCACAGCCCACCACACUUUUAAUCGCAUUUUGGCCCACCAAGCAUUCCAACAUCUGAACAUCAAGGGAGACAUUGUGAAUUCCCAUCACUUAAUUGUAGAAGCAAAAAAAUAUAAACCAACUUUUUAAAAUGGCAAAAAUUAAAAUGAAAAGCAUUUGAUUUAUUUAAUAUUUACUAUUGUGCUUUUUUUAACUGUAAUUAUUAUUUAAUGGAAAAUUUGCUGAAAGUGUUAUGCUUAAUUAUUUUGUUUUAUACUAUACUGUAUAUUAAAAUAUUUGGUAAAUUUUCCUAAUGCAUUCCAAUUUGCAGUUAUUCCAAAAAAUAUGUUAGAUUUAAUACAGUACAGUGGACCCUCAGCUAACGAUGGCAUCACCUAAUCUUAAAUCCAGCUAAUGAUACAUUUUAACGCAAAAAUUUUGCCUCAGCUAACGCUAAAAACUCACCCUACGCGAUUCGUUUGGGACGCGUCCAGUGUGGCCUGAGCGCGCCAGUGUUUACAAGCCAGCCAGUGUGGUCGCAUCCAUGCAUACAAUCGGAACAUUUCAUAUUAUCACAGCAUUUUUAGUGAUUGUACCUGCAAAAUAAGUCACCAUGGGCCCCAAGAAAGCUUCUAGUGCCAACUCUGCAGGAAAAAGGGUGAGAAUUAAUAGGGAUAUGAAGAAAGAGAUUAAGGAAAUAUGUGCAAUGUGGGUUGAAGUGCAAACCUUUAUGCAUGAAAAUCACCCUCACACAGCUGUCGCAAGCCGUGCUGGUGACUAUUACAAUGACAAUGUUAUGGCCCAUUUUAGGAAAGUCUUAAAGGAACGGGAGGUACAGGCCUCUAUGGAAAGAUAUCCAGUGACUCUCAAGCUGGUCCUAGUGGCAUUGAAAGAAGAAGGAAAGUAACCCCGGAAAAGGACUUGAUACCUCAAGUCCUAAUGGAAGGGGAUUCCCCUUCUAAACAUUAACAACUUCCACACUCUCCCCUCCUCCCAUCCCAUCAAUCAUCACCAGAUCUUCAAUACAGGUAAGUGUCAGUUUGUGUGUAUUAAAAUUAAUAUUUCAUGUGGUAAAAAAUUUUUUUUUUUCAUACUUUGGGGUGUCUUGCACGGAUUAAUUUGAUUUCCAUUAUUUCUUAUGGGGAAAAUUAAUUCAGCUAACGAUGAGCUCUCAGGAACGGAUUAAUAUCGUUAGCGGAGGGUCCACUGUAUAUAAUUUGGAAGAUUUUUAGCAACUUGGUAUCUAUUUAUUGAAGUUACAGAGUAAACCACCAGAUAGUAUUCUGAUUUGUUUUGGUACAUCUCAUAAGUGUUGUUGAAACAGCAGAGUUUAUGCAGUUAAAUAUUAAAGAAGGAAAAUACACAAAGGAAA